CCCCGAGUUUAUCCUGUAAGGCGAACUCGGGCUGCUUGAAUCUCUUUUAAGUAGUUGCAACAGCUCUCACAACCACAGCCAGUGUUCAGGUUCAAACAAAAAGAAGAAGAACAACAGCCAGUGUCGUCUGUAACUUUUCACAUGACCACAGCAGCUGUGAGCGUGGAGGUGAAACCUGCGAGACCAAGGGCAGGGCAAAGAGUGGGGAGCCGAGUUAAAUCGAGACAGGAUACAGCAGUGUGUGUAUCCCAGUGUGAGUGUGUGUGUUUGUGUGACAGUGUGUGUGUUUGUCUGACAGUGUGUGUAUCACAGUUGUAGGAGCAGAGAUCUGGUGUGUUGCAUGAAGCUCCGGUCAGAGAAACGACGCUGAGAGGAACCAUGUUUGAAAACUUCAGAGAAAGGCUUCACAUGGUGCAGCAGGAUUUCACCACCGGCUUAAAGACACUUGGAGAUAAAUCUAAAGACACCAAAACCAAGAGAAAACCCAGGUUUGAAGAAAGCCCUCCACUUUUCUGCGCUGGACUGGAAAUCCUGAGCAGGUAUGAAGAGGAUUGGUUUCUACUCCACAAAAGAACUAAAGACUGUGCUCAGGCUGCAGAGUCAGUAGAUGGGGACAUAGUGAUGCUCUCGGCACACUGGGAGAGAAGAAGAACAGCUCUGACACAGCUACAGGAAGAACUGCAAAGCUUGCCGACCUUUGUUAGUGAACUUGAUGCCAUCACUGCUAACAUAGCUCAUCUGGAAGGGGACUUUGAGGAGAUGGAGAGCAGACUGAUCUACCUGGAGACUCUAUGCUGUCAGUGUGAACAACAAACGGUCAAACAACAUCAUGUCAACCAACUGGAAGUUUAUAAGAAAAAGAAGAGGAGGGAGGUGGAGGCACUUGAAGUGGAACUAAAUUCGGAGCAUGCUCAGAAGGUGGCGGAACUGGAGCAGACCAUGUGCCAAAAACUGCGAGACCGGCAGAAGGUCUAUGAAGAAGCCUUUAACCAAGACAUGGAGCAAUACUUGUCCACUGGACAGAUCCAGCAGAGAGAACAAAUCUCCAGAUUUGAGGACAACAGUCCUGCAUUGCAGUCAGAGAUAGAGCCAACCAAACCUGAUGUGGGUGUUCUGGAUCACAUGAUGGUGACCAACAUGUCAGACCAGGAGGCUUUGGAUGACUUCCUUAACUCCAGCGGCGAUGACACUAGUACUCGAUCAUCACUAACCUCAGGUCCAGACCUCGAGUCCUGCUCCUCUGAAUCUACAAGAAGCCAAAUGAACCAAGCCCCUCCCACUAACAACAAACCGUCCAACCAGGAUGCAGUAUGGGGGCGAGAUGAGGAAGUGGCCAGUGAGGACAGUGAUGAACCUGUGGUGCAGUCAGAUGAGGAUGAGGUUCAGCCGGACAUGUCAUUGGUUGGUCUGCAGGAUGUCGAGAGGGCCUCUGAUGAGAGUGACUCUGCAGGGGACCUGGCCUCUGGGUAACUGAACAACCUGGACCUUGAAACUCACUGAAUACUGGAACACUGACUACUGCUGCUCUAGUGCACUGUGCUUCGCCUGGCUCUCGUCUUCGGCAAACAUUUGCUACUUUUCUGCUUUGAGGUCAAACUGCUCUUUUCUGAUUUGACUUGAAAACAUGCCUACAACACAAAUGCUGGAUUUUCAUAUCAAACACUUGUGAUAGAAGAAAAUGUGGUUAGUCAGUAAUGCCAACUAACAGGGCCGUUGUUGAUUCAUAGUUUUCCCAAAUAAAAUAUAGUAGCAUGUGAUCAGUGACAGGAAAUCUUGUUCAUAGUUAGUGACAAAUCCAUGGCAAUCAGAGUUAGUUCCUGACAUGCAUCAGCAGAGGAGAAGACAGUUGCCACAUUGACAGGAGCUUUGUUUUACUUGUGUAAGGCUUGGAGCACCCUGGCAUUCACAAGAUAGAGGAAGGUCAAGUAUUUUUAGUUGGGAGCAAAUGUAUCACUUAUACAUGCUGGGUGUAUAGAAAGUUACCACCAUAUCUCUGCCUGGGUAACAUCUCCAGUGACUGAGCCCACGCUGCAGAUGGAACAGCUGGAGCCACUGGCAGAUCAAACCUAGAUAAGCAAUAUGGAUCAAGUUUCCUUAGUUCUGACAGAAACUGUCCACAAUCCAGCAGGUGAUUAUCUACAUUAUUGUUGUUUUAGACAAAUCAAAUGAAAACCAACAAUGACAGGACUUAAAGUAUCGUGGUGAUGGAUGCAGUAUGGUCUGCUGUGGCAAAAUACAGGUAAACAGUAGAGUACACUGUUCAGCAUAUAGUCGACCAAAGACUGCCGAGGCAAGUCAAGAAGUGUUGGAAGUGAAUGCAUCGUUGGGUUUUGUUCUUUUCAUUGAAAUUGUUCAUGUGAAAAUACAGAUUAACACCAGAAGUAUGCUUUAACAUGUCUGUCAGUUUUUUGGUUCAAACCGGACCAUCUGCUCCAGGUGCUUGUUUGACAAUCAGCUGUGUUUUUAUGUCCUCCCCAUUCAAUAAAGUGUCAAUAUGGCUGUGUAUCAAA